GGCGUGAAUGUCGGGAGGGGGCUUCUCCUUCUCCUGCCUCCGAGGGGGGCUUCUCCUUCUCCUGCCUCCGAGCUAAGGACUGAACGUUAGCAUGAUGCCGCUCUGCCACUGUGCAGUAAAGCACAAUGAAUCAGGCAUGGAGAGGUGCCAUUUUUCACCUGCUGGAGGCCUGAGGGUAUUCUUGCAUUGGAAGGGUGAGGCAGAGGAACAAUACCAGACUUACAUGAAAGGGACUCCUUGUGCUGAAGAAAUUUGCAUUGAUAUUGCACAGAGGAUAGGAAUUACACCAAUCUGCUUUUGUUUGUUUGCACUCUAUGACCCACAGACCAAACUGUGGUUCCCUCCCAACUAUGUCUUUGAUGUUGAUAAUGGCAUCAAGAUGACUUUGCAUUUUCGUAUGAGGUAUUAUUUCCGAAACUGGCAUGGGACAAAUGACAAGGAGCCAGCCGUAUAUCGCAGCACUCUUCGCUCAGCUGACUCAGAGGACAAGUCAUACAGGAGUGAGCAAGGCAGUGCCCUUCUGGAUAAAUCAUCAUUUGCCUAUCUCUUUGAGCAAGGGAAAUAUGACUUCAUUAAUGAUGUUGCCUCCCUAAAAGACAUGCGCACUGAGCAGGAAAUCCACCAGUUUAAAAAUGAGAGCCUGGGAAUGGCUGUCCUCCACUUGUGUCAUCUUGCACUUAAGAAAGGCAUCUCUCUUGAGGAGGUGGCAGAGAGAACAAGUUUCAAAGACUGCAUCCCACGGUCCUUUUGCCGACAGAUCCAACAGAACAAUUCCUUGACCAAGUUCCGCAUGAAAAAUGUUUUCAAGAAAUUCUUGCAGCGUUUCCAGCAGCACACAGUGAGCACUGGCAAACUUACAGAACAGGAUCUCAUGCACAAGUACCUAGCUACCUUGGAAAACUUGGCUCCACGGUUUGGGACUGAGCUCUUUGCAGCUGUUUCACUGGAAACCAUUUCGGAGGGUGAGAAGAUGCCACUUUACAUCAAUGGUGGUCAUACACAUCAGGAGAAUUCCUAUGCCUCUCCUCCUGGUAGCAGGCCUGUCACCCAUGAAGUCUUGGUCACCGGCAUUAAUGGGAUUCAGUGGCGGCCCAUCCUUGCUGAGAAAUCACAAAGUCAGACCCAUAAAGUUUAUGUGGGGAGGAAAGUCAAGACUAAAGACCACAAGUCCAAGCAGUCCUACCAACCAGUGGAGCAACAUGAAGCCAAAUGGGCACACUUUUGUGACUUCCAAGAGAUCACACAUAUUGUUGUCAAAGACUGCAAUGUCAGUAUCCAUCGCCAAGACAAUAAGUGUCUGGAUCUGACUCUUUCAUCCCAUGAGGCUGCUCUCUCCUUAAUUUCACUAGUAGAUGGUUAUUUCAGAUUAACAGCUGAUUCUAGCCAUUAUCUGUGUCAUGAAGUUGCCCCACCACGACUGGUUAUGAGCAUCCAGAAUGGUAUUCAUGGACCCAUGCAGGAAGAGUUCAUUUUGGCUAAGCUGAAGCGGGAAGAGCAGGAAGACGGGCUGUAUGUCCUCCGCUGGAGUGUUCUUGAUUUCAGUAGAUUGAUCCUAUCAGUACUGAAGAAUGGCCAGAGUGUCAGUACUCAAGGUGCUGCAAGCUAUAGACAGUUCCGGAUCCAGAAGAAAGGAAAUUCCUUUGUACUUGAAGGCUGGGAGCAAGAGUUUCCUAGUGUCCAAGAACUGAUAAAUGCUCUCAAAGGCUGUACUCUAAAAUCUGGAAAUGACAUCUUCAGUUUGAAGAGAUGCUGUCUCCCAAAACCAGGAGAGGUCUCCGAUCUGCUCAUCGCACGAAAAGUGAAGGACAGCACGAGACAGAUUCUGAAUUUGACUCAGUUGAGUUUUCAUCAGAUUCGGAAGAAUGAGAUUACCCAGAGAGCACACUUGGGACAAGGAACACGCACCAACAUUUAUGAUGGUGUACUUCAUGUUUGCGGUGGGGUCAACAGUGAUGAUGAGACAGAGUAUUUUUCUACUGAGCAGAAUAACAAUAGCCGUGAGAUGCAUGUGGUGCUCAAAAUGUUGGACCCAAGCCAUAGGGACAUUGCCCUGGCAUUCUUUGAAACAGCCAGCCUGAUGAGCCAGGUGUCCCACAUCCACUUGGCCUUUGUCCAUGGAGUUUGUGUAUGGGGUUCGGAGAAUAUAAUGGUGGAAGAAUUCAUUGAGCACGGACCCCUGGAUGUUUUUUUGCGGAAUAACAAAGGGCGGAUAACAGUAGGCUGGAAAUUCACUGUCGCAACACAGUUAGCUAGUGCCCUGAGUUACCUUGAAGAUAAAGGCCUAGUGCAUGGCAAUGUGUGCGCCAAAAACAUCCUGUUGGCCAGGAAAGGUUUGGAAGAUGGCUUGCUCCCCUUCAUUAAGCUCAGUGACCCAGGAGUCAGCUUCACUGUGCUCUCCCGAGAAGAACGAGUUGAUCAGAUCCCAUGGAUUGCUCCGGAAUGUGUCAAAGAUGUAAGCAACCUUAGCACAGCGGCUGACAAAUGGAGCUUUGGGACCACACUGCUGGAAAUAUGUUUUGAUGCAGAUGUGCCACUCAAAGAACGCACUCCUUCUGAGAAAGAGCGUUUUUAUGAGAAAAAGCAUCAUCUUCCAGAGCCAUCCUUCAAAGAACUAGCUACCCUAAUCAGCCAGUGCCUAAACUAUGCUCCUGGAGAGCGACCCUCCUUCCGGACUAUCUUACGAGACCUCACUCAACUGCAGCCACAUAACCCUCUCGACAUUAGCUCUGUGAAUCCUGCAUUCCCUGUAUCAGACCCUACUGUCUUUCAGAAGCGCUACCUGAAAAAGAUUCGAGAUCUGGGUGAGGGCCACUUUGGUAAAGUGAGCCUGUAUUGUUAUGAUCCCGCCAAUGAUGGCACUGGUGAGAUGGUAGCAGUGAAGUCAUUGAAAUCAGGUUGCAGCCAGCAGCUCUUGACUAAUUGGAAAAAGGAGAUUGAGAUCUUGAAGACACUCUACCAUGAGAAUAUUGUAAAAUACAAAGGCUGCUGCAGCGAGCAAGGGGAAAAGAUUGUGCAGCUUAUCAUGGAAUAUGUGCCUCUGGGAAGCCUGCGGGAUUAUCUUCCCAAGCACAAUGUAAGCUUGGCUCACAUUCUCCUCUUUGCCCAGCAGAUUUGUCAGGGAAUGGCUUAUCUCCACUCCUUGCACUACAUCCAUAGAGAUCUAGCAGCUAGAAAUGUGCUCCUAGAGAAUGAGAAUGUAGUAAAGAUUGGAGACUUUGGUCUUGCCAAAGCCAUCCCUGAAGGACAUGAAUAUUACCGUGUCUGUGAAGAUGGAGACAGCCCCGUCUUCUGGUAUGCUGUGGAAUGCCUCAAGGAAUGCAAAUUCUAUUACGCUUCUGAUGUCUGGUCCUUUGGAGUGACUUUAUAUGAAAUGUUGACACGGUGUGAUUCGAGUCAGAGCCCUCCAGCAAGAUUUAUUGAGAUGAUUGGAAUGACUCAGGGUCAGAUGACAGUGCUGCGGCUUAUAGAGCUAUUGGACAGAGAGAAGAGGCUGCCCAGUCCAAAAGACUGCCCUUGUGAGAUUUAUCGUCUGAUGAAAAACUGUUGGGAAUCAGAAGCUUCAUUCCGCCCAGCUUUUACAAACCUAGUGCCCAUUCUCAAAGCCUUCCAUGAAAAGUACAGGACCCAGGCCCCUUCAGUUUUCAGUGUGUAUUGAUGAGAACGAAGAGAUUUUGUACCAAAGACCAAAGUCUUAUUUGCACUCUGUGUCCUAGUGCUCUAUGUGUCUGGAAAGCCACAGUGCCAUGAAAGUUGCUUUCAGGUGACAGCAUCUUGGAUUCUGACUUUUCCUGUUUUGCUAUCCAGAGCUGUGCAGUGUUUCUGCCUCACCUGGGGUUUUUUGCACUUACCAAAGGCGAUGGAGCAUAAGGGAAAGCCCACGCAGUUUCUCUGUCUAGAUGAAAGGCAGAAGCUGCUUACAAAACGUUGUCCUUUGUUAGGUCCAACUGGGACAGAAGUCAUCUGUAAAGUCUCACUAUGGGACGUCCCGGUACAGGAAAGCAAGUUGGUGGCUUUAAUGCAUUUAAUGGACUGUUGAGCUUAUGAUGCAGCUGUAAUUCAAAGAACCACGAAAAUGAAGACAACGUGCUGAAAUGCAGUGUUUGGACUUGCUAUUUGUUGUAUCAUAUAGAACUGCUUACCAAAUAGAAUGAAGGGCAUCUGGCCUUUAUUUUCAGCAUCUUUGCAAGGAAAUGUGCUUUUUCUAACCUGGCAUUUGGUCCCAUUCACUCUUUUUACAUCUCUUUAUCACCCAUAGUACAGCAUUAUUUGCACUUCUGCUAGGUAAGGGUCACUCAUCUGCCCAUGUGGAGCCAGAAGCACCCUUAGCUGACUCAAUACUGGAAAAGUAAAUAUCUGAUCACUUCUAUUUCCACAGAGAAUUUGUCCCCAAAGAACAAUCCUUACUGUCAUCUAACCCAGAUAGAUGAAGAAAGGAUUCCCACUAAUGGGAAUUUGCAGCAGCUGCCAUGUUUCCCUUUGAACUUUCUAAGAGCUCACCAUGCUUUUUAAAUGAUAUAAUACAACUGCAUCUUUUCUUGGGCUGAGAACCAUUCCCAGAACCAUUAUUGGUUUGAAAUGACCAACCAAAAAACUUCACCACCACCUAUCCCCUGCUGUUUGCCAGUCAAAAACAUUAAAUUUGAAGGGAGGGUGAAAAGAAACUGCUGGCCUUAAAUAAUACUGAAAAUGAAGACAAGAAAUGCCUUUUGGCCACUAACUAGUUGCUACCUUCUGACAUGCAAGCUUUAGGUAGCACAGUAAAGAUGGCCUGAGCUGGUGGUCCCAUGAAAUGAUCUUUCAAAUGAAGUUCUGCUUUCAUGCAUGUGUAUCAGAACUUGUUGGGAGUGAGACUGCAGGCUCUACUGUAGGAUAUGUAGAUCUCCAUGCAGCACUGCAGUCAGUACACCUAAUACCUUCAGUACUGAUUUCUUGCUAACUUGUAUUCUUGGGUUCCUGACUUUUUGUAAGGGGGGAUUGCAUUUUACCCUGUUUUGCCAGUCUGAGAUUGCAGAAAGUUGAUGAGCCUGUCUCAGCUGUGUCACCUUAGAGCAGUGUUUCUCUCUUAGCCAUUGUAAGAUGUGUGGACUUCAACUCGCCAGAAUACCCCAGCCAGUACAAUCUUAGAGCACUCUUGUGGCCUCACCCCUGCCUUGGAGAAUGGGAGAGGUCCAGUCACAUUGGCCUCUGGGUAGCUCUCCAUCUCUAAAGAAUAUUGUCAGAGUUCAGUAUUUCUGGGAUUAUAACAAGCAGGGUGAUUUAAAACAAAACAGUUCAUUUAUCAGCUGUGCCUUGCCAGCCAGCGUCUUGGAGCUAUGAUUUAAUUUGAGGUGACUGCUUGUCCUUGAGCAUUCUAUCACCAUUCUGCUUCUCUAAGAUUAGAAGCAAUUACUUCUUUUCUUUCAGGUUGCCGUUUAAUUUGAAGUAUACCAUCAAUAAAGUGAUGAAGAGGAAAGGUAUAGAAUAAGAACCAGGAUUCCUAGAAGUUAUUGCCCAUUUUUGCCCAGAAAGGUUUAAUUAACUGGGGUCCACACAUGGUUCUAAUUCUCAUUUGCCCAAAGCUGAAGAUGGAGAGAGUGUUUUAAGAUACAUAAUGUUGAGUCUUUAUUAUUCAGAGCUUAUUUGUGUGACAAAUGAGAAAAAAUACAAUUGUGCAUAAUUUUGAUUAUUAUUUAGAUUUGGGGACUUAUUUAUUCAAUUUAUUUGACCACCUAACUCAUCAUAUGACUUUAGGUGGCUGAGGAAGUUGGCAGUCUGAAAAUAAUCCUAGAUACAAAUGGACAAAAACAACCUUUUGGUGAAGCCAUUUUGAUUGUCCUCUCAAUUGUAUAAUAGGAUCUGGUAGAAUAUAGCUUUGCGUGACUAGUCUUUGACUUGAGGGCCAAAUACCUGUCAGGUUAAUUGAAAGAAUACAAAUGGGGCACUGGCAAUUUUUAUGGAAGUGGGAGGGAGCUUAAUACUUGGAAAAGGCCAAUCAAAUAUACGUAUCACGACUUCCACAGGGAAGGUAAAAACAGUUUAAUUGCUGAUCCCUCCCAUCUCCAGCAGAUGUGAUGAUGAAAGAAGCUGAGCAGCAUGCUUCCUUGGAAGCGAGCUUGACGCUGAUUCGAUGAGAAAAAUAUAUGCAUGUACAAUUGCAGCCUUAGGUUUAUAUUUGUUGAACAACAUACCCUCUCUUCCCUACGGUGCAUGGGAAACUGCUUUUGAUGUUAAAAAAAAAAAUUCAAAGCAGUUUGCAAUGUGUUGGAAGAAAAUAACAAAUAUUCUAGUCCACUAGCAUAUUCAGUCCCUUCAGUGGGCCCAUUCAGAUCUUUGGAUCCUGACCUUAUGUUAAAAAGUGUUUGUGGUACAAAGAGGUUUUAUCACUUACAUUGUGAUUCCUUAAAGGUCUGUAUUUUAGUUGCCAAGUCUUUAGGACUACUUGACAUAAAAGACAAAAGUGUUUACAAAGUUCAUAGAGGCAAUCAGUUUUAUUCUUUUGAAGGCUGGCAUGCAUGCAGAAACAUUAAUAAACUUGGAGUGCUGGCCUUAAAACUAUUCUUAUCUUCCCUGCUCCUAUGCACAAUACAAUGCAACCUGUAUUGCCAGCUCUAAGCUCUGGAGUAUGGAAUAAUGCCAUAUUCUUAUCUGGGAAAUUAUCUUUGGCCUACACAGUAAACUGGGAAACUUCACAGCAUUGUGCCUUUUGCAUCUGGAACUGCACUGAAAAUUUAGGAGAAGGACCCCUUCUUCAACAAGAGCACGGGCAAGCUUCAGCUCACUCUCCCUUGCUUUUUCUGUGUCUACAGCUGCUGUGCGCAUGCAUAUGUGAGCUCAGAAAGUGUGUGUGAGAGAAGACAGUAUGAGUGUUCUGUACUGGAACUUCCUCCGACGUGAAUGUAUUCUGUCCGUCCAGUAGCAGCUAGAAUGAUGAUAUAAUAUGCUGGUAAUAGCUUUCACUUUUUCUUCAAAUAAAUAUCAUGUACCUUUCAAA